CCAUUUUUGUUUGCUGUCAAACUUCAAAGGAAAAUGUUGUAAUGUUGUGAAUUAAAUUAUAUUUAUUUCGCGUCCGAAGGGAUAACUAUUACGAGAAAGACUAUUUGUAGUUAGGUCUUGGGACAAAUUUCAACAUGUCUAAUAUAUCACUCGAUAAAGAUACAUUUUAUAGGCGCAUGAAAAGGCUGUACGCGGCGUGGAAGGCUGCUGCUGACUCAAAGAGUGAGGAUGCCUUGGCUAAAGCCGAUUGUCUGGUGUCUUGCGUUGGUGGAGACGAAGAUACAAUUUACAGUAAAUCGACGGCGUUACAGACAUGGUUAUUUGGAUAUGAACUACCAGAUACAAUAACAGUCCUAAGUGAACACAGUAUGUGUUUCCUUGCAAGUAAAAAGAAGAUAGAAUUUUUGCGGCAAAUUGAAAAUGGUAAAGAAGAAACUGAUCUACCCCCAGUGAAACUAUUAAUAAGGGACAGGAAUGAUCAUGACAAGGACAACUUCAGUAAGCUCAUUCAAGAAAUCAAGAAAUCUAAAUCUGGUAAAACACUUGGUGUUUUUGCUAAGGACAAUUACCCAGGUGAAUUCAGUGAGAGUUGGAAGGCUGCAGUAAAGUCAGAAAAGUUUGAAAAUGUGGAUAUAAGCUCCUCAGUUGCUCUAAUUAUGGCGCCCAAGGAAGAUCCAGAGGUUAUCACUGUUAAAAAAGCAUGUAUGGUAACAGUAGAUGUAUUCACCAAGUACUUAAAGGAUCAAAUCAUGGAAAUUAUUGAUUCAGAUAAGAAAGUAAAGCAUUCAAAGUUAGCCGAAGGUGUUGAAGCAGCAAUAUCAGACAAAAAGUAUGUCACAGGAGUGGACACGAGUCAAGUGGAUAUGUGCUAUCCACCAAUCAUACAGUCUGGUGACAAUUACAGUUUGAAAUUCAGUGCUGUAUCGGACAAAAAUCACUUACAUUUUGGUGCCAUAAUCUGUUCACUGGGCGCAAGAUAUAAAUCAUAUUGUUCUAAUAUUGUACGCACAUUGCUGGUCAAUCCAACUGACAGUGUUCAGAGCAAUUACAAUUUCCUACUGAAUUUAGAGGAGGAGAUAUUUAAACGUCUUGUGUCUGGUGUCAAGUUGUCUGCAGUGUACGAGGCUGGAUUGGAAUUGGCUAAGAAAGAAAAACCUGAACUUGUCGACAAUCUAACAAAAAGCUUUGGUUUCGCAAUGGGUAUAGAGUUUCGCGAAAGCUCAAUAGUGAUUGGUCCCAAAACAUCCAUAGUGGCAAAGAAAGGCAUGGUGUUCAACAUUAACAUAGGUCUGUCAAACUUGACUAACAGUGCUGCAACAGAUAAAGAAGGCAAGACAUACGCUCUAUUCAUCGGAGACACAGUGCUAGUUAACGAGGAACAGCCGGCGUCUCUUCUCACGCAGUCCAAAAAGAAGAUCAAAAACAUCGGCAUCUUCCUCAAGGACGAUGACGAGGAAGAGGAGGAGGAAAAGGAAAACAAGACUGAAAUUCUUGAGAAUGGAGGUCGAGGCAAAAGAACUGCCGUUAUCGAAUCCAAGCUCCGUACAGAACAUUCCUCCGAGGAGAAACGCAAGGAGCAUCAAAGGGAGCUUGCCAUAGCGCUAAACGAGAAGGCGAAAGAGAGAUUGGCGAAACAGUCUAGCGGGAAGGAGGGCGAGAAAAUAAGGAAAAGCACAGUUUCGUACAAAAGUGUCAGUCAGAUGCCCAGAGAGAAUGAAGUGAAAGAAUUAAAGUUGUAUGUGGAUCGUAAAUAUGAAACAGUUAUUUUACCGAUAUUCGGUGUCCCAGUACCAUUCCAUAUAUCUACCAUUAAGAAUAUAUCCCAGUCCGUGGAGGGCGACUAUACGUACCUCAGGAUAAACUUCUUCCACCCCGGGGCGACUAUGGGGCGGAACGAGGGCGGGAACUACGCACAACCUGAUGCCACCUUCGUCAAAGAAGUAACAUACCGAAGUACAAACACAAAAGAGCCCGGCGAAAUAUCACCACCCUCAGCAAAUCUGAACACUGGCUUCCGGCUCAUAAAAGAAGUUCAGAAGAAGUUCAAAACGCGGGAAGCCGAAGAAAGGGAGAAGGAAGAUCUGGUUAAACAAGACACAUUGGUCCUCUCGCAGAGUAAAGGCAACCCCAAACUCAAGGAUCUGUACAUAAGACCUAAUAUAGUCACAAAAAGGAUGAGCGGGUCUCUCGAAGCGCACACAAACGGUUUUAGGUUCACAUCAGUCAGAGGCGAUAAAGUGGACAUUUUGUACAAUAAUAUUAAGAAUGCAUUCUUUCAACCCUGUGAUGGCGAAAUGAUCAUAUUGUUGCAUUUCCAUUUAAAGCAUGCCAUAAUGUUUGGUAAGAAGAAGCAUGUGGACGUGCAAUUCUACACGGAAGUGGGCGAGAUCACAACCGAUCUUGGUAAGCACCAACAUAUGCACGACCGAGACGACCUCGCCGCCGAACAGAGCGAACGUGAGCUCAGGCACAAACUGAAGGUCGCCUUCAAGAGCUUCUGCGAGCGAGUCGAGAACAUGACCAAACAGGAGGUGGAGUUCGACACGCCGUUCAGAGAGCUGGGUUUCCCCGGAGCACCAUUCCGCAGCACCGUACUCCUUCAGCCCACGUCUGGAGCCCUCGUCAACCUGACCGAGUGGCCGCCCUUCGUCAUCGCCCUCGAGGAUGUCGAGCUAGUGCACUUUGAACGAGUCCAAUUCCACCUCAAGAACUUCGAUAUGGUUUUCGUGUUCAAGGACUACGCAAAGAAAGUGGCCAUGGUUAAUGCAGUGCCGAUGAAUAUGCUCGACCACGUUAAGGAAUGGCUCAACUCCUGCGAUAUUCGAUACUCGGAGGGAAUACAGUCGCUGAACUGGACGAAAGUUAUGAAGACGAUCACAGAUGAUAUCGAGGGAUUCUUUGACAAUGGAGGAUGGACCUUCUUGGAUCCCGAGUCGGAUGCCGAAAACGCACAUCAGGACGAGGAAUCUGAAGAAGAGGACGACGCGUACGAGCCAACGGACGCAGAAUCCGAGGAAGAGUCUGAGGACGACUCAGAGUAUGACUCCGAAGCAUCCGACGUAUCGGAUGGUUCUGGUGAGAGUGAGGAGGAGGACGAAGAAUCCGGCAAGGACUGGUCCGAUCUGGAACGCGAAGCGGCCGAGGAGGACAAAAACGAUCGCAACUACGAUCGGGUCGGGGACGACUUCAACCGGAAACGCAAGGGAGGCCGCGACCCGCGCCGCUCGUUCGAUGAGGAGGAGGGUCGGAAAAAGGGCAAGCACGACAAAAGCUCGAGCCACAAAAGCUCCAGCUCCCACCACAAGAGCUCGAGUUCCAAUCACAAAAGCUCGAGCUCCAAUCACAAAAGCUCUAGCCACAAAAGCCCGUCAAAACAUAGUAGUAGCAGUCCAUCGAAGAACCGUGACAAGCACCACAAGUCAUCCCAUCACGACAAGUCCUCGCACAGCGACCGAGAUCGCAGCAAGUCGUCGCAUAGCAAGUCCAACGGCGAUCACAAGAAGAGGUCCGACCACAAGUCGCAGAAGAGAUCCCGUGACGAGAGCAGAGAUGGCGACCGCUCGUCUAAAAAGUCCAAGAAAUGAACCAUCGGCUAUCAGAAUAAAUUUUACACAGAUCAUGUGGAGUGUCCAAAGUUGUUGCAGUGAGCGAAGUAAAAAUAGUUAUACAUUUUGUUAAUUAGCUAGCGUUUCCACAUGCUACCAAAUGUCUCAUGUUCAAAACCAGGUCUGAAUGUAUGAAUUUGUAUGUAGAAUAAAUAAGAUGAAUCGCCACUGUAUCCAUUCUAAAUACAAGAAAUGCUGAAAUGUAAACAGCAGAAUAAACACAAAAAUGUUGUUGAAAAAUUCAAUUUACUUUUUUUUAUAUGAAGAACUUUAUAAAUAUAGUAUACCUAAUUCUCAAUAAUAUAAUUAAAAUAUAAGAUUCAUUUGGAGGCUACUAUGGCAAUUCAUCAGUAAAUUCCAACCGUGAUUGUAAUUUAAAUGAUAACAUGAAAAACAAAAUAAAAUAAGGAUUUAUUA